UCACAUUGGCUAUUACUCCGCGUUGCUGCCGCUGCGACACUGUGCGUGCUCCAAACGUCAUCUCUUAGUGCGUCGAGGACGCAAAAACCGAAGCGCUACAGCCCCUGUGGACAAAAGCGCAUUGUCGCCAGCCGCAGCGCCGGCACCGCAUCGCUGCGCGCCCUUGUGACAGAAGUGCAAUCCAUCGAGCAACAAGAGCAAGAAAUGGACCGCUUCGCCGGCACGAGAAGAGGCGACGAGAGCAGCGACGAGUCCGACGAAGACGCCGAGGACGCGCUGGAACGGCGAGCGCUGGCCGAAGCGAGAUUGGCACGAGCCGCAAAGCCGGAACGGAGAGCCGCCUCGAAGGCGAAACGAGCUUUUAGUGAUCGGCCCGGCCUGGAACGGUGUCGUAUUAUUCCGGAAGACGCCCCAUUUGUUGAAACACUAAUCUUAACCGCAAGCCAACCAUUGAUCGCCCCAUCAGAUAAUGACGAUUUGAAGAGAGAAGUAGGCUUCUACGACCUCGCCCUGACACUCGCGAGGGAAGGCCGCAACAAGCUCACGGAGCUCGGAGAACCGGUAAGACGCCCGAAGGACUUCUUCUGCGAAAUGGUCAAGAGCGACCAGCACAUGGCGCGCGUCAAAGAGUCGUUAGUGGUGCAACAAAAAAAGAUCACAGCUGUGGAAAAACGAAAAGCCGAAAAAGCUCAGAAAAAAUACGCGAAGCAAGUGCAGGCCGAGGCCGAGGCCGAGAAGUCGGAAAGGAAGAAGAAGCGGCUGCGGGAAAUUGAUGAGUGGCGCAAGGAGUCCCAGAAGCGGGGCCGCGACUUGGACGAACGACCGCGCAAAUUUUCUCGUACCCAAAAAACGAAGGACAAGAAGUGGGGUUUUGGGGGUGUGAAACGCGGCUCGAAGAAGACUACCGAUCGGAGGGACAAGUCGCUGUCGGACCUGAAGGACUUCAACCCGUCGCGCGGGAAAACAAAGUUCAAGAAGAAGGGUAAAGGGGGCAAGGGGCGGCGGUAA